AUUCUAACUCAGAGAAGAACAUUACAAAGAGUCAGAGAGUAAUCCAUACAUAUACAUAUAGAUCUCUCCAGUAAUUCAAGACAAAACCAAAAUCAUCAGUCUAUCGAUCGAUGGACAUGGAGACGAAGAAACCAUACAUGGUGGUGACUAUGAUACAAAUCAUAUAUGCAAUCAUGUUUUUGAUCUCUAAAGCUGUCUUCAAUGGUGGAAUGAACACUUUCGUCUUCGUUUUCUAUCGUCAAGCGUUCGCUACCAUCUUCUUGGCUCCUCUCGCUUUCUUCUUCGAACGGAAAAGUGCUCCACCUCUUUCAUUUGUUACCUUCAUCAAAAUCUUCAUGCUCUCCUUAUUUGGUGUGACAUUGAGCUUGGACUUAAACGGAAUCGCAUUAUCAUACACUUCGGCAACUUUGGCCGCUUCCACAACAGCUUCCCUUCCCGCCAUCACAUUCUUCUUGGCUCUGUUUCUUGGAAUGGAGACGCUUAAGAUUAAGACCAUACAAGGAACAGCGAAGCUUGUGGGGAUAACUGUGUGCAUGGGAGGGGUAAUUACCUUAGCCCUUUACGAAGGUCCAGUAUUGAAAUUACCUAUAUGCCCUCACCUGUAUCAUCACCGGAAUAUUCCCGGCCAUGUCUCCGGUGGUUCCACCUCUUGGCUCAAAGGAUGUGUUCUCAUGAUCACCUCCAACAUUUUAUGGGGUCUUUGGCUCGUUUUGCAGGGUCGUGUGUUAAAAGUUUACCCUUCGAAGCUAUACUUCACGACUUUUCAUUGUCUAUUGAGUUCCAUCCAAUCUUUCGUCAUCGCUAUUGCAUUCGAGAGAGAUAUCUCAGCAUGGAAGCUUGGUUGGAACCUACGACUCGUUGCAGUCAUCUACUGUGGAUUCAUUGUAACAGGCGUAGCAUAUUAUUUGCAAUCAUGGGUUAUAGAGAAGAGGGGACCUGUUUUCUUAUCAAUGUUCACUCCUUUGUCUUUACUCUUCACUCUACUCUCAUCAGGGAUUCUACUUUGCGAGAUCAUCAGGCUUGGAAGUAUUCUAGGUGGAUUAUUACUGAUUAUAGGACUCUACUGUGUGCUGUGGGGGAAAAGUCGAGAGCUGAAGAACAUUGGUGAUCAGAAGACUGAUCCACAUAAAGAAAACAGUGAUGUUUGCAAUGAAGUGAAGGUUGUCAUUAGCUGAAUGAAUGUCUUAGUUUGUAUUAUACAUUAUGCUUAUUAUAUAUAUAUGUGUUAAUCAUCAUUCAUAUAAUAGAGUCCAGAUAAGUUUGCUUUAAGUUUUUGUCCCACUUAACUACUCUACCUGUAUCAGAUUGUAGCAUAUGUUUUCUUAGGGUGGUUCUUUAACUUUCCAUAGGCUUUGUUUUCACGCAAAAAAAAAGAAUAAAGUUACAAUAUGUUAAAAUA